UCCGUCCUCCGCGAGCUCAGCAGUAUUUCGUCCUCUCUAAGCAGUCUUGUCAGCGCGCGGCGGUGUUGUGGAAGAUGGCGCUAGCCGAAUGGAAAUCCUAAUGACAGUUUCCAAAUUUGCCUCUUUUUGUACCAUGGGCGCCAAUGCCUCUGCUCUGGAGAAAGAGAUUGGAUCUGAGCAGUUUCCGGUCAACGAGCACUACUUUGGUCUGGUCAAUUUUGGGAACACCUGCUACUGCAACUCGGUGCUGCAGGCCCUUUACUUCUGCCGGCCGUUCCGGGAGAAGAUCCUGGCUUACCGCAGUCAGCCUCGACGGAAGGAGAACCUGCUCACUUGCCUCGCUGACCUGUUCCACAGUAUUGCCAACCAGAAGAGGAAAGUGGGUGUCAUACCACCCAAGAAGUUCAUCACACGGCUACGCAAGGAAAAUGAGCUGUUUGACAAUUACAUGCAGCAGGAUGCCCACGAGUUCCUGAAUUAUCUCCUCAACACUAUUGCUGACCUGCUUCAAGAGGAAAGGAAGCAGGAGAAGACCAAUGGCCGCCUUGCCAAUGGGACAUUGGACUCCCAGAAUAACAACAGCAAUGCUACGCCUGCACCCACCUGGGUCCAUGAGAUCUUCCAAGGCACUCUGACCAAUGAAACCCGCUGCCUCACCUGUGAAACAAUAAGCAGCAAGGAUGAGGAUUUUCUGGAUCUUUCUGUGGAUGUAGAACAGAAUACCUCCAUCACUCACUGUCUCAGGGGUUUCAGUAACACGGAGACGCUCUGCAGUGAGUACAAAUACUACUGUGAAGAAUGUAGAAGCAAGCAGGAGGCACACAAGAGGAUGCGUGUCAAAAAGCUGCCGAUGAUCCUGGCUCUGCAUCUAAAGCGCUUUAAGUACAUGGAGCAGCUGCAGCGCUACACCAAACUGUCCUAUCGGGUCGUCUUCCCCCUGGAACUGCGCCUCUUCAACACGUCAGGAGACGCCACCAAUCCUGAGAGGCUUUACGAUCUGGUCGCAGUUGUGGUACAUUGUGGGAGCGGUCCAAACAGGGGUCAUUACAUUGCCAUUGUAAAAAGUCACGACUUCUGGUUGCUCUUUGAUGAUGAUAUUGUGGAGAAAAUUGAUGCGCAAGCCAUAGAAGAAUUCUACGGACUCACCUCUGAAAUCUCCAAGAACUCGGAGUCAGGCUACAUCCUCUUUUACCAAUCCAGAGAUUAAAACGUGGAUCCGAGUCUUUCAUAAAACGGGGAAACAUUUUUUUCCCUCCUUUUUUUUUUGAGGGGAGACACAGACUGCGAACCACAUCACAGCCGCCUGCAUGGCGUCAUACCUGCCUGCACAGCUGUAACUCAUAUCUGCUCUGCAGUCCAGCCGUGGACGUUUCCCCCCUUACAUACCGGCCGGCCCUGCCGGCCGCCAUGUCCUUCCUCGUCUCUCAUCCUCCGCUGCUGCUGCCGCCGCUGCUACCGCCGCCGCCGCUGCCGGGACUACGAGACGAUUAUGAUUAAAACUGUGUCAAGAUUGUUUUUAAAAAAAAAAAAAGAAUGAGGGGUUGUACAGAAGUUGGUUGUAUGAGUAGUGCUCUAGUUUUUGCCUCGGGUGUGGGAUGAAUGGGUAUUUAAAUCAUAAUGUUAAACUGGCCCUUCAUUCCCCAUAUUAUUAACUGGAAUGAAGAGUUUUGAUUAUGGAUGUAAAGGAGGAUGCAUGGGAGGUGGGUGCUUAUAUAGGACUCACUCGACUGUGUAUUUCUACAGUGUACAGAAUGGUAUUUGUAUAAAUAUUACAAGAAGAUAUUAUUGGGAAAUGUCAGACCUAGAAAAGACGUAUUAACACUAUGGUGCACUUUUGAUACCGUUUUGUAGGUGUUGGCAAGCUUAAUGUGAGGGUUUGCUUGAAAAAGCCUGUUGUGAAGCGAUCAUUUUCUGUUUUAAAGAAAAAGAAAUAAAGUCGGUAAGAGAGA